AUGUCUUUGCUUCGAGCCUUGCUGUCCCUGGCUGCCUUGUCGUUCGUUGCUCUUGGACAUCCAUACCAAUCGCCUCGUGGUGCCUCUCCAACCGUAUGCAAUGCCGCGACCUCGUUAACAUUGCUCUAUCAAAAUAAUCUGAAUGCUUCAGACGAUGACAAUCACGUCGGGGCGAUCGUUCUGGAUCCCAUGACAGCGGAGAGCGGAGCGGCAGCAUGUGGAUCGCUAAGUGAAGCGCUCAUUACGCAGACAAUCCUUCAAAAUUACAGUUCAGAUUUAUCCUCUGCGCUGGCUUAUGUCGCAUACUCAUCAACGCCGAAUCAGGCUUACCACGUCGCCGGUGGCGUCUUGCAACUUUCUCCUGGCGGUGGUUUUUCAUUAACAGAUUGCCCAGAAGGUGGCACCGAACUCCCUGUGCUUUGCACUCAAUCGAACAACGACAGUCAACCGCCAAACUCUACUGCCUCUAAUCUGAACGGAGUUUCUGUCGCCGCGGCUGGCAAUAUCUACGGCGGGUAUCGCAACAAGAAGUCCUUCCGGUUUCUUGGUAUCAGGUAUGCAGAACCGCCACAGCGUUUUGAGUAUUCCCGGCUGUACUCUGGUUCUGGAGAGAUGGUCAACGCGACCGGCUAUGGAGAGCAAUGCGCGCAAGGCAGCGGUGGCAGUGAAGAUUGUCUCUUUCUCAACAUCCAGACACCCCAUAUCCCAAAAGCCGGCUCAACGAUAAGCUUACGACCAGUCUUGUUCUGGGUCCAUGGUGGAGGUUUCACUGGAGGUACAGGUUCUGACCCGUUGAGUGAUGGCGGGAACCUUGCGUCCAGGGAGGACAUUGUGGUUGUCACCAUCAAUUACCGCCUCUCAACUCUGGGUUUUCUAGCCAUUCCUGGGACCGAUAUCAAGGGCAACUUUGGUAUCGCCGACCAAAUUGUUGCAUUGCAGUGGACGGUACGUAAUAUUGCUAGUUUCGGCGGAGAUCCCAGCAAGAUCACGAUUAUGGGCGAAAGUGCCGGAGCAGGUUCAGUUCGCACCUUGCUGGGGAGUCCACCUGCAAUAGGCCUGUUCCAAGGAGCUGUUGCAAUGUCAAACCUGGGAGGUGGCCAGACCCUUGGUCUGGACAGCGACUAUGGGACGACGUACUCUUCAUACUGCACGAUCAACGAGUCGUAUACUCUUGCUGGGCCCCGGAUAUUCAAUGCUUCUAAUUGUACAAUGGGCAGUUUGAACGACAAAAUCACAUGCCUAAAACAAUUCAAUGCCACCGAGUUGGUAUCACUCGAGACGGUGGCCCGAUAUGUGGUCCAGGACGGUGUCAUUGUGAACACCCCGCAGCUCAACGUGUUCAAUCAGAACGGCAGCUCGGCACAUGUUCCUAUCAUGUUCGGCGUCACUGAAAACGACGGGGCGUCUUUCUCCACGCUUUCAGCAACCCCUGUACAGAAUCUCACGGAAGGCAUCAUGACUGGUCUGGGCAUCAAUGAAUCAUACGCCGAAGCAAUCAUUGCAUCCGGGUUGUUUACUUUUCAUUCCACUGGAAAUUUGACUUUGGAUGCUUUCAAUGUCUCCCAGCGCGUUGCUACUGACAAGACAUUCCGGUGCAUCGACCAAGCGACUGUCUACGCGGGUGCAGCAACAGGGGCAUUCCCAGCCGCGUAUUACUAUCAAUUCCAGCGCACAAUCAACGGAUACAAUCCUAACGACGUCCCGGAUGCCCCUGUCACACCCGGCUUUCCAUACGGAAAUCCGAACCUCCCGUAUUUCAAGCUUCACGGGGCAGAUAUGGACUGGGCCUUCGGCAACUUCUACAAGCCGCUCCGUGAUGCCAACGAUCUCUACUCUGUACAAUUGGUCAGCGGGUAUUUUGCCGAAUUCGUGAAAACCGGACAGCCAAACCCGAAUGUGGAGUACCUGAAAGUGAGAGGCUACGGAACGACGUUGAAGGGUGUGCAGCAGGCAGGCAGGUGGGAGAAGGUCGCAAGCAAAGAGGGACCGAUUAUGUUCCUGGACUAUCCGGCUAACUCGGGCGUGUUUGUGGAUGUCCAGCAGUGUAGUUGGUUGAACUAUAGCAUUGGAUACUAUCUUGGGAAAUGA